GACCAGAGGGUGCCAGGAGUGUUUCGUAAACAUAGCAAGGUGUGGUUUCUGUCCAAAAGCGGCCAGCUUCCGUCUAUUCACACAGAGCAGAGCAUUAUCUGCGCAACAGGAGACAGGAGGGGAGCGCGGUAUGUCCUCUGUGUGUACGACACAGCACACCGACAUUUUAAGACUUUGUUCAAACUAACUUCGCAAACAUGAGUAUGUACGGCUCUAAUACGAAAUUGCCCACCUUGGGCCUGAGGAGUAAUUCGAGACAGGAUUUGGCGAAUGCAAGUUUCAGAAACGACAUGUUAGCCGGGGGAAACGGCUUCCAAGGAGAAUACCCACCGGGGGACGGCGGAUACACCUACGCCUACUCCAAGACCUCCUUGCACGGGUCCGGGGGACCGAAGAUGGCCGUUAGCAUGGGGGCGGCAGGUGGGGGAGUGAGUGCACAGACAAUUCAGCACAAAGCUAUGUACCUGACAAACCAGUGCCAGGGCUUCCUGCAGAGGGCCGAUAGGAUCCUCCAGGGUGGGGGUCAAGCUGCAGAGGCAGACAAGCUGUUGAUGAUGGCUGCAGAAACCAUGGAGCAGAUGAUGGUCUGUGGCAGGGACCUGCAGCAAAUGCGUAUACCUAAUGACGUCUUCGGAAACGUAGAACAGUUCCAGCACAUGCAUGGUGCUAUUCAACAGCAACUAGGCAGUAGUGUGACGACAAUCAGACGGAGAAAAAGCAGCGUGGGUUCCCAGGAAGGGGGGAGGAUCUUUAAUGACGCCAUCGCCUGGAUUUCUCAGCAAAAGGUGAGCACUACAUUCAUUAGAGACAUCUAAGAUCCCAAUCAAAACAAA